UCAGUCUGCGCUACCAAGUCGCCUGCCGGCAAGUUCAGCAUAGGUGCCGGGGGGAGGUGGAAUGUCCGCUCGGCUCCUGCAGCAGGUGCUACGUCGGCAGCGAGCAUGAAGACGCGUGCGCCCUGAAGGCUGGCGCCUUGGCACCGGCUCUUCUGCUGGAGGCGUGCAUGGCGUCAUGGGCAUCUGCCUCGACACAGAGCAGCAGCGGAGCUCGGCGGCGCGGCAGGCGGAGGAGAGCGGGCGCGGCCCCCGCGAGGCCUGGACGUACGACGGGCCGCCGCGCACCCCGGAGCCCGAGGGUCGUGCCUCGCCGCUGCACAACGGCGCGCACGUCAAGUUCGAGGUGCCCAAGGUGCCCGUCAUCUUCGUCCUCGGCGGCCCCGGCAGCGGUAAGGUGACGCACUGUGACACGCUGAUGCAGGAGAAGCGCGGCAUCACGCAUAUCAACAUGACGGACCUGCUGCAGCAGUACGCCAUUGGUAACGACAUGAAGGACUUCGGCCACCUGUCGAGCAAGACGGUGACGGAGGUGCUGAUGCUGGAGAUGAAGAUGGCGCCCGCCGCCAAGACUUACCUGGUGUCCGGAUACCCCAGGAGCAUGCGCGACGUCGUCGAGUACACCGAGAAGAUCCAAAUCGUGAACGGCGUGAUCCUGGUGAGCUGGCGGCAGAAGGUGCUGGAGCGCCAGAUCGAGUACGGCGCCAAGCUGGGCCAUGUGGUGCUCAGUCUGGCGCGGAUGGAGCUCAACAACUUCUACAAGCACGUCAUGCCCGUCGCCGACUAUUUCGACCAGCGCGGCAUGCUCUACGCGGUGAACGGGGAACGGGAGCCGGCGCUGGUGUACCGCGACUUCAGGGCGGCGGCGCUGCGGCUACUGGGCGUGCACGACACGACCGCCCCCGCCGCCCCCACCAACUCGACGCCUCCCGCCGCCCCCGUCACGCCGCCGGCCGUGGAAGCGGUGCCCGUGUACCGCGCGCCUGCCAAGGGCUUCCCGCCGGUCAUCUGGGUCAUAGGCGGUCCGGGCAGCAACAAGGCGGCGCUGUGCGACAAGGUGGUGCGCGCGGCGGCGGGCUGGGCGCACUGCAGCGUGGGCCGGCUGCUGCGGGCGGCGGCCGAGGCGCCGGGCAACAGGAACGCAGAGGACGCGCCCCAGCUGCGGCAGGCCAUCGCCGCGGGAGACAUGGCGCCGCAGAUGUACGUGCUGCAGCUGGUCGAGUCCCAGAUGAGGACGCACAUGAGCGCGCAGGGCAUCAUCAUGGACGGCUUCCCCCGGGACAUGAAGCAAGUGCACGAGUUUGAAAGCAAGUUCAACCAGCAACCUGAGCUGGUGCUGCUGGACUGCUCAAAGCUGCAGCUGGGCCGCGGCCGGCUGGACGAUAGCGUGGCGGCCUUCCGGCGCCGCCUCGAGCUGUUCCGGGAGCACACGCUGCCCGUGCUCAAGACGCUGGACUCGGAGGGCCGGCUGGCCAUCGUGGACGGCGACACGGACACGCCGCCGGUGCAGCAGGAGUUCCACAGCCUGCUGAUGGCCAAGGUGGAGGCGCUGCGCCGCACCGGCGGCAUGAUCGUGCCGCAGCUGCAGCCGCAGCAGCAGACCCUGCUCACGGACCUGGAGGCGCAGCCCGAGAUCAACUCCGUCAGCCGCAUCGUCCAGCAGCAGCAGCAGCAGCAGCAGCAGCAGCAGCUCCAGCAGACCCAGCUGCCGCACCAGCCCCACUACCAGCCGCACGCCAACGGGGUCGUCCGACCCUCCAGGGACACCAUCCGCGACAUGUAUGCCCACGUGGAGAACUACAAUGGAGAUGUACACUUGUGA